UUACACCAUCAUCAGCGAAGCGAUACACUUUGCAGGACGAGCGCACAUUUUUGCAUGGAAGCUCUGGUGAAGUUCAUCUAAGAAUGUGACCCAAAUAGCAUUUUCAUCCAGAUAUUUUCCAUCGUGAAACACAACUGGUUUCGCUUGCAUUUGUGCCAUUAACAGUGUCUUUCCCAUCUGCUGAAUGUGAUUACUUUGGAGGUUUGCAGUGACUCUGUUUGGGGGUGAGAGAAGAAGGGUGUCGUGAAAAAUUAACAGUGUCAACAUAUGCAGGUGUCUUCAGUGCACCACUCAUGAAUAACUUGAGAAUUCCUCUGCGUGAACUUUCGUGAGCGGAUGUGCUGAUGUGCAGCGCAAAUAUCACCACCGAAAGUGCUUUAGAGGAGGGCGUUUUGGCUGCAUGGGAGCUUCUGCCUCCCACUCGUGAUGCAAUAAUUUUUGGCUGAUGCCUCCAGGCUCCUAGAUAGCACAGCUAUGACGAUUUUUCACAGGGCUCUGUGCACAUAAAAGGAUGCUUGAAUGAGCCUGAGACGCAAGAAGCGACGACGAGGAGGAAUUUUGCGUUUCAUUUCACAUCUCCGUUGAGCUCUCAAUUGUGUUAAAGUGUUUUCGAGGGGUGAAAAUUCCCAUUCUGUCACGUAAGAUUUUUCACAAAAUAAAAUAAAGAUCGUGCGAAAGCUCACCAGGCGCCCCCAUCGAGAGCAUAUCUUUUGCCGGGUUGGAUAAUGGCUGGAGUGUGAGAAAAUUCGUGCAUAAAUUACUAUAUCAUCUCCGUGUCACCUCAUAAACAAUGGGCAAGUGUGAAAAGAGCGUUGAAUUAUGACCCGCAACAAAUGCUGUGUCAAUUGCUUCCGACAGAGAAUUCUUUAGUAUUCCAAAGUGUUUCUGUGCGUGCUUUCGGCAAGCCCACACUAUGAAAAGUGUCCGCUGGACAUUGAAGCCGUGGCCACUCACCCUGUGCUCACGUCGGACCCUCUUUUGCUCGGCAAUUAUUGCAAUUUAUGGCUAUUUAGCCGUUUCCCAUGUGCCUCCAGUUUUGGCAAUAAACGCCACCGCGAGGAAGUCCAGCGACUUGGCAGUGCACUCGAGAACAAUGCCAGAAAUUGCAGAGACUGCCCCAAAUCUCGAUGACGAUGACGAGUACUUCGAGGACGGCGAAGAUGCGGAGAUUGAGGCCCUCAAAAGGAACGGAUCAGCCAAAGGCAUGUACAUCGGUGCUGAAUGCGAAUUCACCUGCAAUCCGAGACUGCGUCACGUUUUUUGCGACCCCAGCUCCAAUACGUGUGGCUGUGAGAGGAAUUAUCCCGUGGUUAUUGGCAAAACCAAAGGAUGUGCCAAACCGAAGAAAUUAGGUGAUCAGUGCUUCUGGCAUGAGGCGUGCAUGUACAAUGAUCCCGAAUCGCUCUGUGUUCAAGUCAGCCACAAUGCAAUAUGUCAGUGCAAAGAUGGCUUCCACUCGGUCAGCUACAUAAAGCCAACGAAGAGGGUCUUCUGUACAGAAGACAUUGCUGCUAUCACGUCAGAUCUGCCGACUCUCCUGGGCGUCACGACAGGGAUUGCAGUUCUGGCUGGCCUCAUCUGCAUGGUUCUGCAUCUAUUCUCAAAGACCAAAUAUCCGCGCCAUCGGAACUUCGGUGACGCUAGUCUGCCUCCGCCUAUACUCUACUCGAGCGAUACAGGAAUUCCUCUAACUAUCCAAUCGGCACGGCCCUCAUCGAGAUCUAGCAUCCGGUCCAGCGGUUCUAUUGGCUCCUUCACCACCCGACGUGCCUCGAGCGCCCCCCAGAGCGGCUCCAAGGGUGUCCUGGUAUCCACAUCGCGGACAGGGAUUCACGGGUUGUUUGCAUGACUGUCUGGCUUUUAAGACACAUUUUUUCACAUACACUUACACAAAACACACAUAAUCGAAUUCUUUUCUCUUCAGCGAAUAUGGUGAGAAACAUUCUCAAGCACCGCUUAUAGUAUAUCGUUCUUAUCACAAGACAAUCUUCGCCAAUCAGUGCUAAUUUGACAUGAUAAUGCAAAUUCUUCUUCACGUGCUUUCUGUUCUGUACUUUCGUGUAACUAUGCUAUUUUUCUAACCACUCUAUAUCUCUAUUUCUUGGCGGUCUUUGCCCAUUUUUGCCACCUUCGCAAAUUGCUCAAUUUCAUUCAAAGUUCACUAACAGAUUGUGUAUUUCUCUCGUCGGCCAAACAUUGAUUCCGCCGCAGGUUCUCGACGACCAAGUUUAGCGUCCGUGCACAGCACGAGUUCAUCGGUGAGGAGUUACAGCAUGAUGCGCUUCGAGAAGGAGCUGGAGCAGAAGCAGCUGCGCCAGGAGA